CCAACACUCUGCAGAUUCCGGGCAUACACUCACUUACACGACACAUGUGGAGGUAUCAGAGGAGCCGUUGAGACUCCAGGGAGACCGCAGCAUCCCAGGAGAAUCCAAGGACAGAUGCUUCGACAUGUCUGGUCGCACACCACGACACGGCCGUACAAGACACGGAUGCGAGCGAUGCCGCCGCCAGCACCGCAAAUGCGACGAACAAAAACCCGUGUGCACGAGAUGUCUCAACGCCAAGAGCAUAUGCAAGUACUUAUCACAUAUCACUUUUCGACCCGAGAACAUCACGUCGGGGCCCAGCGCGCUUGAAUCGAAGGGUGUCGAGACACCGUCUUCAUAUACCAGGAUCAAGUUCCUUGCGCCAGGCAAGACUCCCGCCAGUUCUUCUCGAGCAGCGGAAACCUCCGAAAACAGCCCAGAGACUCGGGACCAAAAAGUAUCUGGUCAACAUAGUAAUCUAACUCCCCAAGCCGAUGCCUCGCAACCAGCAGAUGGUGCUCGCAAUAGUACCGUGGCUCUAGCCCCCACUUCUUAUCCAGUUGACGGCCAUCUAGAGCAAGAGGACUUCAAGUGGCCACUUGUUGGCAAAUGUCAAUUGUCAGCUGCAGAGGCCAGCCUCAUGAAGUACUUUUGCCACCAUACUGCUCCAUGGAUUGACGUAUAUGACGAACAACAUCGGCCUUUCACGACCAUAGUCCCCCGCCUCGCGCUCAACUCUCCUUGCAUACUGGACCCUUUGCUCCGGCUAGCAGCAGCCUCAUCGCAUUUGCAGCCAGACAUGAUCACCCACCGGAAAGGCCUUGGUCUUCUGCAUCUAAAGCACAUGAUCACCCCACCUGGCGCCGAGUCGCCCUUUGCAGCAGUCCGCGUCAUGGCGGCCUUUGGCCUCGAGAAAGCUCGGCAGUUCACGACCCAAGACCCUGUCGAGUGGAAAUCCACCUUUCACGGCGGCGGCGCAUUUCCCGAUUGGUAUCCUGACAUGCAGAAUCAUGAUGUUGAGCAGAAGCAGGUAUGGGACGGACUUUUGGUGCUCCUGUGCAGACUUGUCAUUGCGUGGGCUUUGAUAUCCCAGCAUGGCGUCGGGAAGGUGGUGCAACUGCUACAAAAGCUGUCCGCAUCCGUGGUCUCGAAGAAUCCCGGAAAAUCCGACGUACGAGCCGCGUGUCUUCGCUGUCUCGAACUGCUUGCUCGGUGCCUGAACCUUUGCUUUGGAGACACACCGGAUGGUGAGCAUGCCGCACGAGGUGCCCGACCUGCCGCCCAAACACGAUUGACGCUACUGGACGACUUGCGCACAUGGUACGCGAACCGCCUGCCUUCGCUGAAGGCCGUUUUUGAGCCCGACACCGACUGGCUUGGAGACGGCCGUGCAGGUGCUUUGGCUGCAACAGGAGCGAGCGAUGCGAGGCAUGCACCCCAGAUUUUUACCUCGGCGGCAGGAAUAUCCACUGCUGUUCUUUACCACAGUGCAAUGGCGCUGCUGUACAUAUACGGCAGAUCAAAGAACAGUGAACGUCGAGGCGACAGCACUAUGGAAGCAGACGCGGCAGUGGGCAGAUGGCACUCCAGGCAGAUCUGGUCCAUCAUGCAGGAUCACGAUCCAAGGUAUAUUAAAUACUGGGACCCGUGCAUGACGGCAGCGCUGGCUCUCGCUACUCAGCACCUGCCCAACGUCGGGCACGCUGGUAGAGCAGUCGUGGUGGAGUUCCUGUCCGGCAUUGAAACGCUGGGGUGGAACGUGAACAGUCUCCGUGGCAGGUUGCAGUCUGCAUGAUAUUACCAUGCCGUAAGGCCAUUGGCGGUUUAAAGGAGAUGGACGAGCGGUCAACAACCCCCAGGAGGCUAGCAAAUUGAACGAGAAUGUGCAUGCUCUAAAAAGCGAGAGUUGUGGCCGAAACGCGGCGGCACAGUGCAUUGAAAGACCAAGAGUCUCAUCAGAAGAAGCGAAUCCUUGACAAGAUGUGCAAAGCCCAGCUUCUGCUUGCAAGGGGUUUGUCUCUUGGGUGGGUUCGAUGUCUUUGCUGCGGCUUACCCCGCCGCGCCGCGCCUUCGCGUUCAAGGUCCGGGGCGCGGCUAACCCCCGACUGUGGUUCCUGGGGAGUUUUACUCCCCGAGCC